AUAAGUUUACCAGCAGCACCAACAACCAUGAAAUAUAAUCCAUUGGUUGUGAUCUGGGUUCUUAUCCUCAUUAAAGACUCAUCUGGCGAUGACAAUCCCGUGAACAUUUUUGAUCUGAGUCAGGAUGCCAUCACCCAAGUAUUCAAGCGUUCAAUCCAAGAUGUCUCUAAAGCACGAGAUAAUCAUCAUACCUGCAAAACAUGGGGAACAGGGUCUUUCAAGGCAUUUAACAAUGAAGCUUUCUACUUUGCAUCAACCUGUGACUUCUUCAUGAGCAGGCUAUGCAAGGAAGGGCUUGAUGAUUAUGAGGUGAAAAUCCGCCGUGGAUCAUCUGGAGACCUGGAGGAGAUAUUCAUUAAAAUUGAUACCAAUACGAUUGUUGUGACUAAUGGAGUAAUUAAGGUUAAAAACCAAAGAGUAACUUUGCCAUUUGACAACAAGAUGAUCAAUAUUCAUAGCAAUGGAGUUAAUAUUAAAUUUUCAAACAAGAAGCAUUCCAUUUCCCUCAUCUGGAACGGUAACAAUACAUUAUCGCUAAAACUGCACCCUAGGUACAGUGGUCAGGUCUGUGGACUUUGUGGAGAAUUUCCAAAGAAGAGAAAUAAAAAUCUGAAAUUUAAACGGGUAUCACCUAUCUCUCUUCGUGGUGAAUCUAUGACAUCUGGUAAUUGUCCAAUCAGCAUACCUGUACCUGUAUUUACGAAACCCCAAUUAUUCCAGGCUUGCACAGAGACCUUCUCACGACAUUUGGAGUGUAAGGAUGCUGAAACCUUCUUGAAAUUGUGUGCAAUGGACAUCAUUGCUUUCCCCAAUAAAAAUCAAGGUCACUGCCCGAGUAUAAAAGAAUUUGCACGACAUUGCCAAAUUCAGGAGGAUUGGAGAAAGAUCUCAGGAUGCGAGAAACCUGAAUGCCCUGGGAAUCAGAUCUACAGUGAUUAUGGUCAAUCAUUUAUUCCAACUUGUACUGAUCCAGAUCCUCAACAGAAAGAUGCUCUUGAAAAUACUUGUGUAUGUCCAAAAGGCACUCUUCUUGAUAACAUAAGACAUGAGAACAAAUGCAUCAGAAAAUCAGAGUGUCCUUGUGAAUACAGUGGAACCAUUUAUGAUGCAGGAGACAAAAGGAACACUUCGUGUGAAACAUGUGUUUGCAAAGGAGGACUAUGGGAAUGUUCUCAUCAUAAUUGUUCCAGAAGUUGCAAAGUGGAAGAAGGAACACAUAUCACAACAUUUGAUGGGAAAUACUAUAAUUUGAGAGGAGAUUGCACAUACAUUGCAGUUUCAACUCUUGAGGACGAUCUCUGGAAAGUGAUCAUUGAGAUGCGUGAAUGUCACAAAGCAACUAAACAUAUUUGCUUACGCCGUAUUAUAUUUUCCUCACGUGAGACCAAAUAUGAAUUCAAUAAUAAUGGUGACGUUACCUUGAAUGGAGAAAUUGUUGUACUUCCAUUGCAAAGGGAUGGAACUAUAAUAUUUAAACCAUCUUCACAUUUUAUUCAACUUGAAACAACACACGGGUUGAAAAUGCAGAUACAGAUUUCUCCCAUUAUGCAGCUUUACGUUUCGUUGUUGGAUGGUAAUAAACGAAGUUUAGGAGGCUUGUGUGGCAAUUUUAAUGGCAAGGCUAUUGAUGACUUCACCUCUGUACAGAAUGUGGUGGAACCAUCACAUGUCAAUUUUGCUCAUUCAUGGGCUGCUGACGUUAAAUGCAGCCCUCCUGAAAAGGAAAGUCCAACUUGUGUCAGUUCAACAAAAGAAUUCUAUGCAAAGGAACGUUGUGCUCUGCUGAAAACAAAUGGUGUUUUUGCUCAAUGUCAUUCCACAGUGGAUUACAUUCAAUAUUAUCAGAUGUGCAAGAUUUCCAUAUGCAACUGCGAGAAUCUUGAUCAUUGCAUCUGUGCUGCACUGGGGGCUUAUGUUCAUGCAUGUGCUGCAAGAGGUGUCAUACUGAGGGGUUGGAGUGGAACAAUUUGCAAUACAACCUGUAAGAACAGCCACAUUUUUGACAAUGAAAUGACAACCUGUAACCGGAACUGCAAAUUAUUAACCAAAACUGAUUUCACCUGUGACGUGAAGGAUACUCCAGUUUAUGGCUGUGGCUGCCCAGAGGGCAAAUAUAUGAAUGAAAAUGGAGCCUGUGUUAAUGCUGAAGACUGCUCUUGUUACUACAAGGGGAUUUAUAUUCAACCUGGAGAGGAAGUUGAUGAUUGCUAUUGCCAAGGGGGAUCAAUUGGUUGCAAUCGAGUUACUGAAGCCACGACUACACCCACAGUAUGCACAGGCGAAAAGGAACUUAUUCGUUGUUCCCCUACUGAAAAUCAGAUUCACUGUGGAAAGAAAUGCAGUAAGCUGGCAUUAAACUGUCCAAACGAAUGUGUACCUGGAUGUUUUUGUCCUGAAGGUACAGCUGAGGAUGACAGUGGAAAUUGCGUUUUGACUGAAAAUUGCCCUUGUUUAUAUGAAGGGAGUAGUUAUGCCAUAGGAACAGAAAUCCAACUUGAUUGCAGCCAGUGCGAAUGCCAAGGUGGUUCAUGGAGCUGCACUGAUAAGCCAUGCACAAAGACCUGUCAAGUUUAUGGUGAAGGUCAUUACAUAACAUUUGAUGAUUUUCGAUUCACAUACGAGGGUAAUUGUGAAUAUAUAUUUGUUCAGGACCAUUGCAAAGGAGAACGUGGUACAUUUCAAGUGCUCAUGGAAAAUGUUCCUUGCUGUGAAAAUGGAGUGACAUGUUCAAGAAAUAUUAAGAUUAUUUUUGAGGGAAAAGAAAUAAUUUUGGAAGAUGGGAAAGUAAAAGUGUCUGAUGAAAAUUCUAAUUCAAAUUGCACAGUUGAUGCUUAUUCACUUCACACUAUUGGGCUUUAUUUAAGCCUGACAUUUUCCAAUGGUAUUACUAUGAUUUGGGACAAGCACACAAGGUUCUCAGUCACACUUGAUCAACGCUGGAAGGAUAAAGUGUGUGGUCUCUGUGGAAACUUCAAUGAUAACACUGAAGAUGAUCUUACAACAAGAUUUAACUCUCUGGCAAGCAAUUCCAUUGAGUUUGGGAACAGUUGGAAGUCUACAGAUUCCUGCCCAAGUUCAGUAAAUCAAACAUUCCCCUGUGAAGAAAAUCCAUUCUGUUCACCAUGGGCAACAAAGAAAUGUUCCAUAGUUACUAAUCCAAAUGGGGAGUUUCAGCAAUGUCACAGUAAGGUUGACCCUAACCCAUACUAUGAAGCUUGUCUCCAAGAAGCUUGUGCUUGCGAUAAAGAGGGGAAGUACCUGGGUUUCUGUACUGCUGUAGCAGUAUAUGCAGAGGCUUGUAAUAAAGCUGGUGUUUGUAUUCGCUGGAGAACUCCUGAACGAUGUCCUGUUUACUGUGACUAUUAUAAUGACGACAAUGAAUGUAGCUGGCACUACAAGCCAUGUGGAACAUUGACAGCUAAAACAUGUUCAAAUCAUACAAUUAAAAAAAAGCUCUCUGCGGUUAUUGAAGGCUGCUAUCCAAAGUGCCCAGAGGCGGCUCCUUAUUUGGAUGAAAAUCUCAUGAAAUGUGUCCGUCUCCAUCAGUGCACCUGCCUUUACAAUGGGCAAAUAUAUAAUGCAAAUGAAAACAUAAUUGGCUGCGGAAACUGUGAAUGCACUGAUGGAAGAGUCAUAUGUGAAGAAACUAAUUGUGCAGGUUAUUGGUCACCCUGGAACAAUAGACACCAGCCCAAAGUGACAAGCAGAGGCGAUCAUGAAUCACCGGAGGGUCUCUGUAAUCCCAGUCAUUCACCUAAUGACAUUCAGUGCCAAGCCAUUAAAUACCCCAAGAAACCAAUCUCUGAAACAAGUCACAAUGUGACCUGUGACUUGCUGGAAGGACUUGAAUGCACCCCAUCAUCCAAUGAUUUCUUGUGCCCUGACUACAGAAUUAGAGUAUGUUGUGUAUUGAGUACAACAAUCACAACUCUGACCACAACAACAUCAACAACCACAAACACAACACCAACAACCACCCCAACCACCACAACAUCAACAACCACAACAGUUACAACCACUCCAACAACCACAACACCAACAACCACAACGCCAACAACCACAACACCAACCACAACAGUUACAACCACUCCAACCACCACACCAUCAACAACCAGUUCAACUACUGUUUUAACAACAUUAACAACCACCACAACAACCAGUUCAUCAACUGUUUCGACACCAACAACCACAACUACAGUAAUAUCAACAACUCCUUCAACAACAUGUCCCUGCAGUGUGAACAAAGAACGCCAGUGCACUGGAACAUGGACUGAAGACUGUGCUAUUAAACAAUGUGACAAUGGAACAACUACAAUUGUAAAACAAUGUAUGACGAAAAAGCCUACAUGUGCCAACAAUUUAAAUCCCAUUGAAGUAAUAAAUGAAUGUGGCUGUGCAGACUGGGAAUGUGGAUGUGAAUGUGAAGUAUAUGGUGACCCACAUUAUAAAACCUUCAAUCAGCUGUCCUAUGAUUUUUAUGAGCGUUGCACUUACGUGCUUAUGGAAGAACAGAAUCCAAAAUACAAUUUACGUGUUCUAGUGGACAAUUACAACUGCAUUUCUUUUGUGCCUUUUUCAUGUCCAAAAGGCUUAAUCAUUUUUUAUGAAAAUGUUAAUAUCGUCAUCACAACUCAUAAUGUCAAUAUGUUGACAAUUGAUGGAAUUCAACAAAAGGUUCCCUACAUUACAAAUGGAAUAUGGAUAACUGAACUGCCCGAUGGAGCUGUAAAUAUUUACUUCACUGAUAUUAAAACAACAAUUGUUGCCUCCCGGUUAAAUUUCAAGUUACGUGUGGCCGAACAUUUCUUCUUGAAUAAUACCCAAGGACAGUGUGGAACUUGUACAACAUUUCAGGAUGAUGACUGCAUUAGACCAGAUGGAACAAUAGAGGACACUGAUUGCUGCCCCACAACAGCACGAGAUUGGCUAUAUAAUGACACUAACAAGCCAUAUUGUGUAGCAACUACUCCAGCACCUUGUUCUACGCCCACUCCAACUCCUACUCCCCCCGUUCCCCCAAAUUGCAUGACAUUAUGCAUGAAAAUAUUAGAAACAUCAUUUGAAAACUGCACAAAUAGUUUUCUUGUUACUUAUUAUGAAAAUUGUUUAUUUGACUGUGCUACGACAAAUUCUACAGAACUUGCCUGUUCCAUCAUUCAAUCUGCUGCUGACAAUUGUGGCAGUGACACAUGUGUUGACUGGAGAUCCCCUGCUGGUGAAUGCAAAAUGAAUUGUACAGAAAACCUUAUUUAUAAGGCAUGUGCUACUCAACUUGACGAUUACUGCGAGGACAAUUCAGUGAUGACGGGGGGAAAUCUACUUAAUUAUCAUGAAGGCUGUUUCUGCCCAGCUGGAAUGAUGAAAUCUGAAGACAAGACAAAAUGUGUUUCAACAUGUUGCCUGGAUAUUAAUGGAACCCGAAGAGAGAUAAAUGAUAAAUGGCAGGAUCAGAACAAUGCUUGUACUUCUUACAGAUGUACUAAAUAUGGAGUCAAAACACACACACUGACUUGUGCUGCUCAAGAGGAUUGCAUAGAGUCUGACAAAAAAUGGGAUGAUAAACACUGCUGCUACACGUGUGUCAGUCAAGGUUUGUGCAAGCGGACAAUCAAAAUCACCAAUGUCACAAAAGAAGUCCAGAAUACAAACUGUACAGCAAGCAUUGAACUGUACGUGUGUGAAGGGAAUUGUCCAGGCUCAGUUUACUAUGAUACCCAGACACACAAAACUGAACGCAAAUGUGAGUGCUGUCAAGAAAUGGGGACCGAAGAUAGGAUAGUGGCACUUACUUGCCAAGAUGGUAGAAAAAAUGAACUGUACACCUACCCUCGCUUCACAUCCUGUCGCUGUAAGAAGGAGGUCUGUCCUGGGGCUUCUGCCAAAAAGCCACAUACUGAAACAUUCUUCUAGAUGAUAAAGCAUGAUAUUAAAUCCAAUCUGUUACUAUUUUGGAAAAAUAUAUAAUUCAUUACAUUGAGCCAAUGAUAGAACGUUUAGAAAGAAUUUUAGUUGGCCGUCACAUAAUCGGCAUCAUUAUUACUUUGAUCAAUAAACUGCUUACUUGUUUUCAAUUUCAAAAGCAUAUUAAUAAAUAACUGCAAGCA